UCAGGGUCUGUCGCCUCAGAACUCCAAGGACUUUGUACAAAUGGUCCGAAAGAAUCUAGAGGAAGUUGACAAAGUGUGACAAUAGCACGGUGCAGUAUGUGGUGGAGACUUUUCAGCUUGCUGGCUUGCUUCCCCUUACAAGAAGCCUUUCUGACCAACCACACAGAAACAGUCACCGUGGAGGAAGGCCAGACCCUCACUCUCAAGUGUGUCAUUUCUCAGGGGAAGACCACAUCCCUGCAAUGGCUGGCCCCAUCAGGGUUCACCAUUUUUUUCAACGAGCAUCCUGCUUUAAAAAAUCCCAAAUACCAGCUGCUACAUCACUCCGCCCAUCAGCUCUCCAUCCACGUGCUUAAUGUCAGCCAGCAAGAUGAAGGCGUGUACAAGUGUUUACGUUACAGCAGCAACGUGAGAACAAAGGAAGUAAAAGUGAUCGUGCUAGCAACUCCUUCCAUGCCAAUUGUGGAAGCUUCGGUUACCAGAAUGCAAAACGGAAAAAAGCAUGUUACACUUAAAUGUUCCACCGUGAGAAGUAAGCCCCCUCCACAGAUAACCUGGAUAUUAGGGAACGACAUAGAGCUUUACGGUGAAACCCACCAUGAAUUUGAAACUGAUGGGAAGAAAUGUAAUAGCAGCAGCACCCUCAGAGUCCACACAUACAGCAAAAACUCAACGGCGGACUGCAUCAUCCGACAUACAGGUCUACAAGGGAGAAAACUGGUAGCACCCUUCCGAUUUGAAGAUUUGGUUACUGAUCCAGAGACUGCUUCAGACGCCCCGGAGAAAAGCUCUCCAUCCUCUGCAGUCCCUCAGCAGCCCACUAGCACUGUUGCAGUGGUGGAAGGUUCUAAUACCACAGAGAUUGACAAGGAAGAGAAAGACCAAACCACUCAAGAUCCUGACUUGACCACUGAAGCAAAUCUUCAGUAUGUGGGGGUGAUAAGGAGGAAAAAUGGCAUUCUGCUGCUCACCCUUGUGUCCUUCCUCAUCUUCAUACUCUUCAUCAUCGUCCAGCUCUUCAUAAUGAAGCUUCGGAAAGCACAUGUGGUAUGGAAAAAAGAAAAUGAAAUUUCAGAACACACUCUAGAAAGUUACAAAUCGAGGUCAAAUAAUGAAGAAACAUCAUCCCAAGAGAAAAAUGGCCAAACUUUCCACUCUAAGAGAUACGUAAACUACAUCACACAGUUGUACACUGAAGCGAAAACAAAGAAAAAGGAAGACGAACGGAGUUCGAAAUUGAAAGGAGAGCCCUCUCAUAUACCAGAGAGCAUUGUGUAAUGUUCUCUGCAGGAGAAAAUACUGAUUUCAGGGCAGCCACACCCUCACAGUGGAGCAGCCUAUGGGAAGGAGCAUAAUUACUGUCACAAGAAAAAUAUACUUUGAGUGCAAUGCAGCAUGGUAGCCUCCCGUCGCACGUUGCCCUGGAUUCAGGGCUGUGAAAUGAGGACCAGUCCAUGGACACAAAGCUUCAUAGUUCAAAUUAAAGAAAAGAGAAAAGAAAAGAAAGGAAAAGAAAAGAAAAG